AUGGGGAAAUAUGCUGAAAUGACCAUCACAUCAGUGCUCAUUUACAAAGUACAUAUUGGCGGGUUCAGAUGUCAUGACCUUGCAGAGGAGCAUUGUAUUCUUUCUCAACUUGGCUCUGGUCCGACCUCAUUUAAGUCUGUCAAUGGCUUCUAUACUGCUCAGGACUACAGAGAAAUUCUGCAGUAUGCAACAGACAGGCAUAUAGAGAUCCUUCCAGAGAUUGAUGUUCCUGGCCACUGUCAUGCUGCUAUCAUAGCCAUGGAACAAAGAAGAAAACGGCUUGAAGCUAAUCCCAUUCAAGGGAGUCCAGCAGAUCAGUAUCUUCUAAGUGAACCAGAUGAUCCUUCCAAGUAUCUUUCGGUCCAAUAUUUUACUGAUAAUAGUGUAAACCCUUGCUUGAACUCAACAUAUGCGUUCAUGGAAAAAGUCUUCACUGAGAUAGUUAGGCUCCAUGAAGGUAUUGCUCCUCUGAAAACAUUCAUAUUUGGCGGAGAUCAGGUAGCUGAAGGUGCCUGGCUUAACUCAACCGCCUGUGAGAAGUUGAUAGAGUCAGAUGAAGUAACAAGCCAUGAUAACCUGAUGGAGUACUUCGUGAAAAGAACAGCUAGUAUCAUGGAGGGCUAUGACCUUGGUGCAUGGGAGGAUGGAGUACUUGGGAAGGUCAAUGAUACUGAUGUUGCCUAUGAUAUCACACAGCUAAAAAACAACGGAGAUGUGUAUGCCUAUGCUUGGCAGAAUAUUUGGGAAUGGGGUGUUGGGAACCGAGCGUACAAACUUGCCAAUGCAGGUUAUAAGACAGUCAUGACCCAGGCAACACACACAUAUUUUGACCACCCAUAUGAGCCCGAUCCAGAAGAGCGUGGUUUGUAUUGGGCUACACGUUUCAUUGAUACAGAGAAAACAUUUGGUUUCAUGCCUGAUAGUCUCUAUGACAACAUAGAUUUUGCACUGAAUGGAGAGGUACUAAAUAAGGAAACCGAGUGUGCAAGAUCUACAGAAUGGUGUCUACCACUCGAGAAGCCUGAGAAUAUAGUUGGUAUGGAAGGUGAACUAUGGAGUGAAACUGUUCGUACAGGGGAGCAGUUAGACUAUAUGAUAUUCCCAAGAAUCUUAGCCCUUGCAGAGAGGGCCUGGCACAAGGCAGACUGGGAAUAUCUUACAGAAGAUUUGAAGAUGUACAAAGGGAAGCGUUUGGCAAAAAAAUUAAGGCUGAGAGACGAUUCAAGACGUGCUGACUGGGAGAGGUUUGCACAUACAUUGGGUUAUAAGGAGCUGGGGAGGUUAGAUGCAUUACAGAUUAAGUACAGGGUGUCCCUUCCUGGAGCAAGAGUAGUUGAUGGUAAAUUAGAGGCAAACACAGGCUACCCAGGUGAGACAAUACAAUACAGUUCAGAUGGAAACACAUGGAAUACAUUCACAUCUACAUCUUCUCCAUCUGGUACCAUCUACCUUAGGACUAUAACUCCAACUUGUAGAACAAGCAGACAGAUUCAGAUCCAGACUAAUUAA